AUGGCAUCGCGCUCUAAGGAACGGGCUGAAAAAGCAAUUCAAACAAUCACGAGCACUACCUCCACACUUAAGAAUCCCGGUAUUGUCAAGUUCCUUCAUCUGGACCUCGACGAUCUCGAUGUUGUGAAGUCGGCCGCUGCAUCCUUCGCGCAACAGGAAUCCAAGUUGGACGUUCUCUGGAACAACGCCGGCAUGGGUGCUCUCAUUCUGCCAGCCGGUUCGAGAACUAAACAAGGGUUUGAGUCCAUGAUUGGCAUGCACUGCAUCGCUGCGCAGCUCUUUACACACCUCCUGCUUCCCCAGCUUCGCGCCGCCGUCGCCAGCGCCCCAAAGGGAUCGGUUCGUGUCGUGUGGACGUCGAGCUUCCUUGCUGACUUGAAAUCGCCCACCCAUGGCGUCGAGUUCAACCUACUCGAAAAGGGUACGAUGGACCGUGAGCGCAAUUAUGCCCAGUCAAAGGCCGGAAACUGGUUGCUUGGUUGCGAGAUGGCAUCUCGCCAUGGCCCUGAGGGCAUCGUCAGUGUUACCCAAAACCCUGGCAAUCUGAGGGCGGGCUCGUAUGCUGGAGUCUCAGCUCUAGCCAUGCUUUUCAUCAAUUAUUUGUUUCUUCAUGAGACCAAAUUUGGUGGUUACACGGAAUUAUAUGCUGGACUUUCACCAGACAUCUCGCUCGAGAACAAUGGCGCCUAUGUAAUUCCUUGGGGACGGAUCCGCUCUGAGGAAAACUGUCCAAGGAAAGAUAUUGUGAAUGCUAUGAAGUCUGAAGCAGAAGGUGGACUAGGAUACGCGACUAAAUUCUGGGAUUGGUGUGAGGAGCAAUGGAAGCCUUUUGUCUAG